AUGGAGGAGAAAUAUGAGGCAGAAAUCAGGAAACUCAAUAGGGAAAUGGAGGCAUACAGGAAUACGAUAACAAAGUUAACUGCAAAACAUGAUGGCUACAAUCAUCUCAUUCAGCUGUUCGAGUCUAAACUACAGCUCAUGGCGAAACACGUCGAGAAUUUGCAAUCCAAAUCACAGCUUAAGGUUAUCUUGAUUUUUGCAAAGAUUUUUUGGAGACACAGAAUAAUAGGCGAUGAAUAUGAUGCUGAUACAGAUUACUGGCAGAACUUGAAGAAUUUUCAAGAAUGAAG